AUGGCGGCAUUUUCGCGGACGAUUGCAUUGUUUUUGGGGAUUGUAUGCCUUGUUUUGCUGAACAUUUGGUCACCUUUGCUGUAUGAUGGCUCUUUGCAAACAAUCCUGGCUGAAUACCAAAGUGGUGAUGCCUCGAGAAAGGGCAGAUCGCCCGGGAUGAUUGCUCCAGUGCUGAUGGAGUUUGACACCUGUGCUGGGUUUGCAGAACAGCAGAUGCAAGUGGUAAAGGCUGUGCUAGUUGGAUCUGAGCUGGGUGCUCAAGUUGUGUUGCCCACCAACGCCGGCCAUGUCUGGGAUUUAUGGAUCUUGGAACCUUUUCUGGCAGUUGCCGAGUCUUUGUUCCGAAGUGCUGCUUGCCAAAGACGACCUUCACCGCAUCCCGGGUAUUGGUGUGCGCAGAAGCAUAUGCCAGCAGUUUUGGUUUUGGACAACGUUAGACAAGACCUCGUGAAGGGUCGGAAAUCUUGGCGAAUUGAACAUGUCGCAGAGAUUGAAUCUUUACGCGACGUUUUGUGGUCAAUAACCCCUUCAACCGUGCAUGUCAGUUGCGAAAUUCUGUCAAAUAUUCAAAUUGUAGAACCAGGCGACAAAUGGGACCUGUUUUGGAAGGUUUGGGGGAACGUCAAGUUUCAAGAAGACCUUCAAAGCACCAAACAACGCAUGGUAGAACGUUUAUCGUUGUAUGCCGCUGCUGCGAUCGAAAAGUCUAAGCAAAUGGGUUUUCGUUCAGACAAGAACAAAGGCGCGCUACAUUUCAACGCGUUGCACUUGUAUGCCCACGCACACGGGCAACUUUGCACUCCGCAUUCGAGUACCCCAGGCCGAGACAAUUGCAUCACCAACACUCUGGAAGUUGGGAACGUGCUGUUGUCUGAAGGUGUUUCACCAGCCAUCCCCUUGUAUUUGGCAACAUCGCUUUCCAAAGAUGAGUUGGAGCAGUGGCGAGAAGAAAGCAAAGCAAGCGUUCUUGUGGACAACUUGUUCGACGCCUACACUCUCGUUUCUCGAGACAUGCUGGCUGAGGAGAUUUUGCGUGAAUGGACUCCACGGUUGAAGCAUCACAAGAUGUUUUGGCCAGCUGUGAGUUUUCUUUUGAGCAUGGAUGCGCAAAUGUUCAUUGGCCAUUCAAUCUCUCAGUUUUCCGGGUUUCUCAUGCAAAUUCGCUGGCGCGGUCGUCAGCCCAUCAUUCACUACAACAGUGGUACCGUCAGAUCUGUCAGGCUGCAAGAGACCAAACAGUUGGCGUCCAAGGAAAAUCUAGGAAUUCCUCUCUUUGGGAAACAAAUUAAAUGGAUCUUUUGCAUCCAGCCGGGAAGAGGGGAUUCAUCUUCCCACAUGGCCAAAGUUGCCAUCAAAAGCGCAUUGGCCAAGACUUCGCUGGUGCCUGUAGGUAUCACAACUGCAUCUCCCAGAUCCAAAUUCGCUGCAGAUUUGGUCUCGGCAGGGGUGCGCCUCAUUUACCACACGCCCUCGUGGAUGCCCCACAUCAACUCUACGAUUCAACGAUGGACUGGAGCAAAGCACAGGUUUGGGCGGUUGAAGAAGCCCAGCCAUCUCUUGUCCGAUCUUGAUGCCAUGGUGGGAACAUUCCUGCGAAUAGAUAUUCCAAUUUUGGGCCUUUUGGAUCCGUUUCUCUUUUAUGCCGACAUUGAUAUUCUGUUUCAAAACGACGUGACUUGGCCCAAGUUGUUGGGUGUCGAGGAGGAUAUUUUCCAGGAAAUCCGGCACCUACCAUACGAACAACAACAGUUUGCAAAGCCGGGGAAACCAGGACUUCCCCGCUACUUUGCGAUGUCUGCAGAGAGUGAAAUGAAGAGGGAAGCGGUGAACGCUGGAGUCAUGCUGUGGAACUUGCAGUCAAUGCGAGAAUCAUACCCAUCGUUCUUGGACUUUAUCGUGAAAAGUGAUGAUAUCACCUGGCCAAUUGGACCUGGCGACCAAGGUGCCUUGAGAACCUUCUACAAGCGUGAUCGGGCCCCUUCCUAUUUGCCUUAUGAGUUCAACUGGAAGGCAUAUUGGCCGCCAAAUCCAGAAGCUAUUUUGGUGCACUUCCAUGGUCCGAAGUGUGAACAUGACAUUUUGCCCUAUCUCAAAGAUGGUCAUAUCAACGUCUCCCUUUUCAAGUUUUUGCUGAUAAGAUGUGGUCAAGAUGGGGAUUGCUCGAAGCUUUGCAAUCUAUACAUGCAAUAUUUACACGCUUGA